AUGGUGAAACUUGUGUGCAGGGUUAGCAGGACGGUAACAAAGGGACUUCUUAUGCAUUUAGGAUGUGAUGUUACAACUGCAAGCUCAAGUGAAGAAUGUCUUCGUGUUGUUUCUCUGGACCAUGAAGUGGUCUUCAUGGAUGUUUGUACAGGGUUAGAUGGUUCUGAACUAGCAGCACGGAUACUUGAGAAGUUUGCGAAACAUCAAGAUAGACCACUAAUAGUUGCUCUUACUGGAAACACCAAAAGGGUAACGAAAGAGAACUGUAUGAGGGUUGGUAUGGAUGGACUUAUAUUAAAACCUGUUUCUGUUGAAAAAAUGAGGGGUGUUUUAUCAGAACUGUUGGAGCGCCGAGUUCUGUUUGAAACUAGUGAAAGUGAGAGUAGAGUGUUAAAGGUUUUAAACAGUGUUAGGUGCCAGUUUGAUGUUAAGUGA